UAUAAAUAUUGAUAGAGAUGAUUGAGAGCCAAUGAGCCUCACAUGCAUCUAAUCCGACCAAAAACUGUUCAACACGACAUAAAUCCGUUCGAGUGUCAUGUUAUGUAGUGAUACUUGAUAUGGACUGUCGUACGCUGUGAGAUGCACCUGCCCUUAUCGAUAUGCUGUGCAAUUACUGUCUGUUUCUUUCUCAGCUUACAUCUCAGUUACAACCUAUCUACAAAAGACAGACGUGGAUUCUUCUAUAUAAAGAAUCUGCAAUUCAAGUCAAUUCAAGUCAACCCUUUCACAUUUUCUUCACAUUCUGACACUACUCUCUGUAUACGAGAUCAAAAUACGGACAGCCAUGAUUCUAAACUAUAUUUACAGUCCAUCUGUGACACUAUUUGUAGCAUUCCUUGUCACUUUCGUAGCUGCCUCUAAUGAUGCUUUUCGAAACGAACUUACUACUUCACAGGCUCUGCCAGGCACUUGGGUAUCUCAAGGAUGCUAUGUAGAUGUUGGUCGGACAUUGUUUGAAGGAGAGUACAUUGACAACACAAAUAUGACAGAUGAAUCGUGUAUUUCAUAUUGUACCUCUGAGAGCCUCAACUAUGCCGGAACAGAGUAUGCCUCAGAAUGCUAUUGUGGCAAUAGUCUUGCAGCUGGAGCUGGACGUGCGCCAGCUUCAGACUGUAGCAUGAAGUGCCCCGGAAAUACUACCGAGUUUUGUGGUGGUCCAAAUAGAUUGAAUCUUUUCUGGAACGGUAAAAGUCCACCUCAAACUAACCCUGGUUCUGGACUAUGGAGCUUUACCGGGUGCUAUACAGAAGGUCAAACGGGCCGACUUUUAAUAUAUCAAGUUAUAGCUUCUCCCAUGACGGUUGAUAUUUGUACAGCGGCAUGUCAAGAACAAGGCUAUUCAUUAGCUGGAGUUGAAUAUGCUGAUGAAUGCUGGUGUGGAAAUCAAUUGUCUAACGGAGGAGCUCUCGCACCGGAGGGUGUUAAUGGCUGUUCUGCAUUGUGUGCAGGCAACUCUUCAGAGUUUUGUGGUGGGACCAAUCGACUGGAUGUAUAUGAUUUUAACAAUACUGUUAUUGUCACCGCGCCAUUUACUACAACCACAGUUGGAACAGCACCUUCUCCCACGGGUUCCCCAUCGAUUCAACAAACAGUUGGUGUAUAUAACUACUUCGGGUGUCAGACUGAAGCUACAAGCGCUCGAGCACUUGCUUCUAAGGCUUCUGAUAGUGGAAACAUAACACUAGAGUCAUGCGAAGCAAGCUGCAUUGGUUACACCUAUUUUGGAACCGAAUAUGGACGAGAGUGCUAUUGUGGUAACACGUUUUCCGCCGGCUCUGUGUCAGCUCCAAAUACAGACUGUAACUUUCCUUGUGCGGGAAAUGGAUCAGAAUUCUGCGGUGCUUCCGGAAGAUUGACCGUGUAUUUGCUAAAUAAUACUCUAAGCUCCGCAGCUCCUCUUUCCACCUCGUCCACAGUUGUGACAGAUCUUCCUACUGGAUGGGUCUAUAGUGGCUGCUGGGUUGAUGGAGCGCAAGGUCGUGUUCUCACGUAUCAGCAACCUGACAAUCAGAAUCUUACUGUCGAGUCUUGUGUUGCGGCAUGCUCCGGACUAAAUUACAUUGUCGCAGGCAUGGAGUAUAGCUCUGAAUGUUUCUGUGAUAAUCUUGUCGGAAAUGGAGGUGUUCUUGCAAUUUCACCUGCUGAUUGUAACAUGCCGUGCAGUGGUAAUUCAAGCGAGAUAUGCGGUGCUGGAAAUCGAUUGUCCGUCUACUCCUUUGGCAAUGUACAAACAUCUCAGCUUGCAACUGUUCAGCAAAGGAAUUUACCUGGUGAUUGGAACUAUAAAGGGUGCCUCGAAGAUAACAUAGGAGGCGUUAGAACGUUCCCCUAUCAAAUAAUCACUUCAAAUAAUACCGCACCAAAUUGUCUUUCGCAGUGUCAAGAAUUCGGCUAUAAUGCAGCUGGCCUCGAGUACGGCUCCCAAUGCUUUUGUGGCGACGUGGAGAAUGUUGUAACGGCUGGAGCAUCAUUGAUGAGUGAAUCUAACUGCCAGGUUGUCUGCUCUGGUAAUUCUUCUACUAUAUGCGGCGGAGAUAGUCUCUUAUCUUAUUACUCAUGGGAUGGACCGGCGCUCUACAACUGGUCAUUUCCAGUGGGCCCAAGUGCUGGUGAACACUCAUUCCUUAUAGGUGGUGUAUGCAUACCAUUGAUGACGUCCCAAAUGAUUACUGGCAAGGUGACAUUCGUUGAAAAGUUCGGGACGGGCGAGCCAAACUCGACAGGCGCAUAUGAGUUAGAUCUUUCAGCAAUCGAUAAUUUUACCCUGGCAUGGAGACCAAUGCAUGUUAAAACUGAUGUCUUUUGCUCCGCAGGACUUAUUCUUCCGGAUAUUGCUGGGAGACAGAUAGAUGUGGGAGGGUGGUCCGGUGAAUCAACAUACGGUGUGAGACUUUACUAGCCGGAUGGAUCCCUUAAUCUCUGGGGAACCAAUGACUGGCAAGAAAAUGUGAACGAGGUGCGCCUUCUUGUUGCUCGGUGGUACCCCACGGCAAUGAUUAUGGCAAGUGGCUCAAUCUUGAUCGUCGGUGGCGAAGAAGGAUCGAAUGCCCCCGCAUCUCCAAGCUUAGGGUUACUCCCUCCAACGGGUGCUCCAGUUCUUAAUCUAGACUUUCUUGCUCGUACAGACCCCAAUAAUCUGUAUCCGUUCUUGGCCGUUAUUCCAUCAGGUAUUUUUGUUGCAUACUAUAAUGAAGCAAGAAUUCUCGAUGAAGUCACAUUUGAGACUAUCAAGACACUGCCUAACAUUCCCGGUGCUGUAAAUGAUCCGAAUGGUGGACGAAACUAUCCUCUCGAGGGAGCCAUGGUUUUACUACCUCAGUUUUACCCUUAUACGGAUUCCAUCGGAGUGCUCAUCUGUGGCGGUUCCACACCUGGGGGCGGCUUCGCCAUCGAUAAUUGUGUUUCUAUGCAACCUGAAGCUGAGAAUGCUACUUGGGUGAUUGAAAGAAUGCCCUCACGUCGUGUAAUGCCAUGUUUGGCCUCUCUUCCAGAUGGUACAACACUCAUCCUGAAUGGCGCACAUCAUGGUUUCGCCGGAUUCGGACUCGGCUCAGACCCUAAUUUCAACGCUGUCCUAUACGACCCCCGCCUACCCAUAAACUCACGCAUGAGGAUAAUGGCCAAUACGUCAGUCGCCCGUCUUUACCAUUCCGAAGCAAUUCUUCUUCUCGAUGGACGAGUGAUGGUGUCCGGAUCUGAUCCACAAGACAAUGUUCAUCCAGAAGAAUAUCGAGUUGAGGUAUUCACGCCUCCUUAUCUUCUCUCCGGUCUUCCUCGUCCAAUUUUUGACAUGAACAACACGGAUUGGUCUUAUUCGCAAAUUGUUCCUUUCACGAUUACUUCCAACUUUACUUCAACUGCAAAUCUCAAAUUUUCCAUCCUUGACUCCGUCGUGAGCACGCAUGGUAAUUCUAUGGGUCAACGAACACUUUUUCCUCAAUUGGCCUGUGGAUUUAAUAAUACUUGUACAGUUACUGCGCCUCCAGAUGCACAUAUUUGUCCGCCAGGCUGGUAUAUGGUAUUUGUCCUCGAUGGACCCACUCCGUCUGUUGGGGCAUGGGUAAGAAUUGGUGGGGAUCCAGCGCAAUUGGGGAAUUGGCCCAAUGCUUCUGGUUUUGAUAUUCCAGGACUUUGAUUUAUAUUUGGUACUGCAAUGUUCAGUCGAAGAGAUUUGUGAAGUGAUGGUAUAUUUUUUGAAAAGCUGUUGAUUUGCUUCACAGGCGGUCAUUUCUAUCAUGAGCGAUCAUGUAUGAUUUUUGCUACAUUCAUUAUUGCAUUUGCUUUAACCUUGGCUCUUUGUCCAUGAAUGCCCCUUUGCUUUUCAUUUUCGCCCCACACGAAAUGGCGGUGUUGUGAACCUGUAUAUUUAAUCAGGAUGUGUGCCAUAUCAUCAUAUGGGCCACUUUAGAAAUGCAUCAAAAUCGAGCUUUUUUU